ACAGUAUUUUGUUUUUGGCCACCGCCAAUAAAAUUUCAAGAAGAGGAAGAAGAAUACGGCACACGUUUGUGAUUGAAUCCGCUGACUUCACCAAGGCGGCCAACAUGGCAGGAGGAAAGAAGAAAUCCUUUACUCUACCAUCAAAACUUCUGAAAACUCUUUCCUCCAUAUGGCAGGACAAACACAUGGUGUUGUUCAAAGCAGAGUACACGUUCUUGGUCACGACCGUCCUUUGGUUCUUGGAAAUUGGGAUUAACAUAUGGGUGAUCCAAAAAGUUGCAUAUACAGAGAUCGACUGGAAGGCGUAUAUGGAUGAGGUGGAGGGAGUUAUUAACGGCACAUAUGACUACACACAGCUGCAGGGCGACACGGGGCCGCUGGUGUAUCCAGCUGGUUUUGUGUAUAUAUUCACUGGGCUGUAUUAUCUUACUGAUCAUGGACAGAAUAUUCGUUUGGGUCAGUAUGUGUUCGCUGUGUUCUACCUCAUCACCCUCCUGCUUGUGUUCCGCAUUUACCAUCGCACCAAAAAGGUUCCUCCGUAUGUGUUCUUCUUUGUCUGCUGUGCUUCAUAUCGGAUUCACUCCAUCUUCGUCUUGCGUCUCUUUAAUGAUCCAGUGGCCAUGAUGCUGUUAUUCGGAGCCAUCAAUCUCUUCCUGGAUGGCCGCUGGACUCUAGGAUGUGCCCUCUACAGUUUAGCUGUGUCUGUGAAGAUGAAUGUCCUGCUCUUCGCUCCUGGUCUCCUCUUCCUCCUCCUGUGUGAGUUCGGUCUAUGGAAAGCUUUACCCAAACUCUCUCUCUGUGCUGGAAUUCAGCUGGUAUUGGGACUGCCGUUCCUCUUGGUGAACCCGGUCGGCUAUGUUAGUCGGGCGUUUGACUUGGGCAGGCAGUUUCUGUUUAAAUGGACGGUGAACUGGCGUUUUCUUACCGAGGAUGUGUUCUUGAGUCGAUACUUCCACCUGGUUCUGCUUUCUGCUCACAUUAUUACACUGGUUCUGUUUGCGCUGAAAAGAUGGAAGAGAUCUGGGAACAGCAUUUGGUCUAUUCUAACAGAUCCAUCUGAGAGAAAAGAGACUGUACACAAGCUCAAUGCUGAUCAGACAGUUUUGGUUCUUUUCACUUCUAAUUUCAUUGGCAUGUGCUUCAGUAGAUCACUGCAUUAUCAGUUUUAUGUCUGGUACUUCCAUACACUGCCCUACCUGCUGUGGAGUGGAGGAGUCAAGAAACUUGCCCACCUGCUCAGGGUGUUGAUUCUGGGUCUGAUAGAGCUGUCCUGGAACACGUAUCCAUCCACCAACUACAGCUCUCUAUCACUGCAUGUCUGCCAUUUCAUCAUCUUGCUCUGUUUGUGGCUAAACCCGACCCCAGCUCUUCCAUCUCAGAAGUUAGACAACAAGGCUAAGCGCCAUUGAACCUCGACCUGACCGGGGCACUGUGUGGGAUGAUCCCUGGCCUCCAGCCCUGUCUGCAAGCUCCUGUACCAGAAGGACACACAGGGGCGGCCAGGGACCUGUGCCCGGAGUCGGUAUCAGGGGUUUUUGUUAAUGGAGGUGGUGUGAAGUUACUAUAUGGAGGUUUUAGAAAGUUUACAUGCUUCUCAGGAUUCUUAAGGACUAAUGUGAUGCAAAGUCAAGGAUGUUGGAGUGGGAAAUGUGAAUGAAUGUUUAUUGGAAGGACAUUUAAAAAAUAUAUAUACAUUUUUAUGCAGCAUAUCAACACAGCUGACCUUUGAGAACUCAAAGAUGUCUUCUUGUUGGCCAAUGGACUCAUUCAGGACAGAUAUAUAUAUAUAUAUAUAUAUAUAUAUAUAUAUAUAUAUAUUAUAUAUAUAUAUUAUAUAUAUAUAUAUAUAUAUAUAUAUAUAUAUAUAUAUAUAUAUAUAAAAUAGAAUAUCUCUGCAUUUCAACAGUAAAGGGUUCGUUCACCCAAAAAUUCUGUCAUUAAUUACUCACCCUCAUCCAAUUCCAAACCUCUAAGAUCUUCAUUCAAGUUCAGAACACAAAUUAAGAAGUUUUUGAUGAAAUCCGAGAGCAUUCUGACCCUUCAUAGACAUCAACACAACUACCACAUUCAAGGUCUAGAAAGGUAGUAAGGACAUGGUUAAAAUAGUCCAUGUGACAUCAGUGAUUCAACCGUAAUUUUAUGAAGCUACAAUAAUACUUUUUGUGCACUAUGAAAACGAAAACAACCACUUUAUUUAACAAUUUCUUCUCUUCCGUGUCUGUGAUGCGCGUUAAUGACAGUUCUGACAUCUGAUGUAAAACCUGGAUGCACUGCGGCAUGUUUACAAGCAGAGGAAGAUGCACACUUUACAUAAAACAUUCUAAGUAAAUAUGUCUGAAGAUUUUGACACAGAGGAUGACUUAGCCAUAGCUUCAGAUGGUCUGAAUCAUUUACUAGGAAAGUGUGAAAGGUAUGCCUUUCAUCUGUCGGCGUUUGCAAUUCACUCACGAUUCGGGGAUCCAGGAAAUGCACACUUUAGCAAUAUUUUAAAGAAUACA